UUUUCUUUUCUUAACCCCUCUUGGUCCAUUCCAGAAUUUGAUCCGAAUAUAUUCAAGUUCCGAAGAAUAUAGACGAAACAAAUCAAAUCACCAAACGAUGGAAGAAAACAAGACGACGGAGAUGAACGAGAAUCUGAUAAACUCCUUCCUCGAGAUCACAUCUUCAUCAAGAGACGAAGCUACUUUCUUCCUCGAAAGCCACCGUUGGGAUCUAGACUCCGCCGUCUCCACCUUCCUCGACAACGACGCUUCAGCCGCCGUUGCCGCCAACGAUCUCCCAACUGGUCCAAACCCUAACUUACCCCCUCCUUCGAUUCCCGCCGCAUCGGCUUACUCUCCGUCUGAAUCCUCUCCUCGCUCGCGAUCUCCUUCUCCGCCUUCCCGCGACGCUCCUUACCGUCUCCGAUCGAAAGCCGAGAAUCAAGGAGCUUCAGGGAGCCGUAACACUAGGAGCCGUCAACAAGCUGGGAACAUCCGUACCUUCGCCGAUUUGAAUCGUUCCCCCGCUGACGGCGCGGAUAUUGAUUCUGAUGAAGGGCAAGAGUACUACACUGGUGGACAGAGGAGUGGGAUGAUGGUUCAAGAUCCUAAGAAACCAAAAGAUGUUGAUGCACUCUUUGAGCAAGCUAGGCUGUCAGCUGUGGACAGACCUGUUGAGCCAUCAAGAUCAGCUUCUACAAGCUUCACUGGAGCUUCUAGGAUGUUGUCUGGUGAACCUGUUCCCUCUGCUCCUCAGCAGCAGCUACAAGAGCAGCCUCAAUUGGUUAUGCACACCAUCACUUUCUGGAGCAACGGUUUCACCGUUAAUGAUGGUCCUUUAAGGAGGUUCGAGGACCCUGAAAACGCUACCUUUAUGGAGAGCAUUGCGAGGUCAGAGUGCCCCCGUGAACUUGAACCAGUAGAUAGGAACAUUCGUGUUCAUGUCGAUCUUGUCAAGCGUGAAGACAGCUACACUGAACCACCAAAGCCCAAAAAUUCAUUCCAAGGUGUAGGAAGAACUCUAGGAGCAAGCGGAUCCGGAUCAGCUGCAGAACCACAAGCUCCACCCGCACAAAUGAACACAGCCCCAGCACCAUCAGUAGGGCUAGUUGUAGACCAAGCAGCACCAACUACUUCGAUCCAGCUAAGAUUGGCCGACGGAACACGCCUUGUAUCCAGGUUCAACAACCACCACACAGUGAGAGACGUGCGUGGGUUCAUCGACGCUUCAAGACCCGGUGGGUCCAGAGAGUACCAGUUAUUAACCAUGGGGUUCCCUCCUAAACAGUUGACAGACUUGGACCAAACUAUCGAGCAAGCUGGUAUAGCUAACUCGGUCGUCAUCCAGAAGUUCUAGGUUUAUUCAAAUUUAAGACACCCCAUUCAGUUUAUGUCAGCUCUUUCCUCCUUUUUUUGAAGUGUUUGAGAACCUUUAUCCAUUGACUUAACUAUUUGGUCAACGUCGGUAGGAUUUGGAUAAUUUGAGAGAAUCAUAAAAACCACUUUUCUUCUUUUAUUCACUUUCUUAGUCAUUUUCUUAAGCUUCUACAGUUUCAUUUUAUAUUUCAAAGUUUUGACAACUUGUUUCUCAAACCCUAAUAUAAUAAAACUACUUAUUUUCAAAGUUUGAAUUAC